UUGAACCUAGUUACCAGCUGUUACCAAUCAGUAUAAUCGAAAGACGGAGGCUUUCAACGUCGGUUUGGGCAAAUGACGGAAAAUGACGGAAAAUGAGCAGUCGCGCCAAUUUCACAUGCUACUUCCCCCCCACCACAUGUCAUGUCACGUGGCUACGUACCCUGUGUACCCCCACACUAUGGAAGGAUCCCCCCAUGUAGAAUUCAUUUUCUAGGUCGCUACCUGGCUUCAUCACCUUCCAAUGUCUGCUUCAGCAACCAACGGAGUCACUGAUCCGUGGGAGGCAGUAUAUCCUGUUGAAGAGCAUCUCAAAGCCUUCGAGGCUGCAUUAUACGCUGAUGAAGUGUACAUUGAACAUCACGGAGAGGCUUCUUCACCUGGUUCUGGCCCACAAUCUACUCCUACCACGUCGCGAAUACGGAAAAUUUCUGCAUUGUCCGAUUGGGCGCCCGUCAACUUGAAAGUCAAAAAGCGGAAGAAGAAGGACCGACUUUCGUCUAGGCGGUUAGGACACGACUGGUGGUUUCUUGUACUGCGCUGGCCGCUUUUGCUUUUCAUUUUUCUAUUCAUUGGAGCGGAAUUUGGCAUCUACGUGCUCAUUCGCCAACUCGUCAACGCCAAGGAGUGGGUCUCAGCAUGGAGAGGAAAGAAGGGGGUUCUCAGGAAGAAACUUCGAGCUUCAACAACCUACGAGGAAUGGAAAGACGCCGCUAAGGACCUCGACAGUUAUCUUCAUUUUGACGAAUGGAAGAAGAUUGAUGACGAUCCCUACUAUGAUUGGAAACUGAUCAAGAAAGUUGGACGUUCUCUGAAGAUGCUUCGUGAAAAGAAUGACGCGCGGGGCUGUCUUGGCGUUCUGGAAACCUGCAUUCGCGCAAACUUCGCCGGGAUUGAAUCGUCUCGGCUGUACAGUGAAACUUUUCUCGGAACAAAGGAUCUUCUUGAAACAUAUUUGAACGAACAAGAGAAGGCGUUGGAGUACAUUCGUGAAACGCCUGACCUCUCAAUCGAUGAAAAGAAGAAAUUUUUUAAGAGUGCCAACACUAAUCUUGGAAUAUCCGCUUUGUGUCUAUCCGGCGGAGCUGCCCUAGGCUAUUAUCAUUAUGGCGUCGUGAGGGCCUUCCUUGAUGUAGAUUUACUUCCACGUGUCAUCACGGGCACUAGUGCUGGCGGACUCAUAGCAGCCCUCACAGCAUGUCAUACUGAUGAGGAGCUCAAGAUCCUUCUGGUACCGAAACUCGCCAACAAAUUGACGGCUUGCGACGAGCCUUUCAGUGUCUGGGGUAAACGAUUGUGGGAGACUGGAGCUCGGUUUGACAGUGUGAUUUGGGCGAGGAAGAGUACUUGGUUCACUCGUGGUUCCAUGACUUUCAAAGAAGCUUAUCUAAGGACCGGACGGAUACUCAACAUUACUGUUAUCCCUGCUGAUCGUCAUAGCCCUACUAAGGUUCUCAACUAUGUAACGGCACCGGACACGAUAAUUUGGUCGACGUUAUUAGCGUCAGCUGCUGUACCUGGCAUCAUGAAUCCUGUCGUCCUAAUGCAGAAGCUGAAAGACGGAAGUGCCGUGCCCUGGAACUGGGGCAGCAGGUUCAAAGACGGGUCUUUACGUGUCGAUAUCCCGCUUCAAGCAUUGAAUUUGUACUAUAAUGUCACCCAUCCAGUGGUGUCACAAGUUAACCCACAUGUACACCUAUUCUUUUUUGCGCCUCGGGGCUCUCCUGGAAGGCCUGUAGCUCAUUAUAAGGGGAAAGGAUGGAGAGGCAACUUCGUGCUAUCUGCGGCAGAACAGUGGUUGAAACACGAGCUCACAAAGAACUUCAAGGUCAUCAGAGAUCUAGAGCUGUUGCCUGAGAUUCUGGGACAGGAUUGGUCUAGCAUCUUCUUGCAGCGCUUUGAAGGUGCAAUUACUAUUUGGCCCAAAACUCGCCUUUCGGACUGGGCACGUAUAUUGGAAGAUCCAGAUGCCCCAAACCUGGAGCGAAUGAUGAAAGUUGGAAAGCUUGUCACCUGGCCAAAGUUGCACAUGAUCGGCAACAGAAUGAGAAUUGAGAAACAGAUUUUCCUUGGUCGUCAAGCGCUCCGAAAGAUGACAAAAACCAAGCCAAGAACCGUUUCACAGGAAAGAAUUACCCCGCCCCCCACUGGCUCAGAUCUUCCACUGUCUGUCGACACUGACGCUGAGGCAGCAUUUUCAAACGGCACGCAAUGGUUCUAUCGUCGUGGGCACCACACUCAUUCCGGUGACAUGGAAAGAGAUUUGGAACACGAUCCCUUACGGUCGUCUGCUGUUCGGAAGAAAUGGGUGGCCGACUUACUUCGUGGUGGUACUGAUGAGCGCAAUACGAGAAACCAGGGUUAUGGACAACCCCCGACAGGCGGCUUUUUCCGGCGACUGAGAACCAACUCAUUCCCGAAUUUGCAUCUUUCGGGAUUGAGGGAGAAUUUCCAAGAGAGACAAGAUACCCAGGAUGCAAACGCCGAACGGUCUUGGAGCAGUGAUAGCUCGUCAGAUGAUGGUGUCUCUCCGGAAGGCAGCCGGCCUUCGUAUGCACCGAGAUAUGACGUCGGACCAGAAUUGGACGAUGGGGAGGAGUCGGAUGUAGAAUAAUUGCAAUAAUGGAGUCCUGAUAUACGCCCUUCUCUUGAAUUGAUAUCUAAUAGUACUUAGUAAUUGUUGUCGUCGCACUAGAAUUGAAACAAUUCGGAAUUGCA